AUGGUCACGCCUGAGAAUCCCGCGUCACGCCCCGUCGGCGACAUGGACGAUGACGAAGCGCUUGAAUACGCCAUAGCUUUGUCCAUGCAAGAUGAAGAACAACCCCCCUCGCAGCAACAGCAGCAGCAGCAGCCGCCCCUAAAUCAAGAUGAACAACCGCAGGCUGCUGAGCCUAGCACAAGUCAAAACUGUGGACUGGCGCAAUUAGAUCGGAGAGCUAUGGAGCAAGAGCGUCUGAAGAGAAUAGCCUCUAAGCGCCCUCGACCUGCAGCCGAUGAUGAUCAGGAUGAUGUGGUCGAAAUUUCACCACCGGCCAAGAAAAGAGCUGUAUCUCGCGAGCCUAAAGUAAUGCCUCUGCAAUUUCCGAGAGGUGUCGUAAAGAAGACAUGGGCCUACGGCUAUCCGCGUUCAGCAGACGACAUCAAGAUUGAAGAGAUCCUGCAGAAAGAUCGUCUUGAGCUGGCUCUGCUCUCGUCGUUCCAAUGGGAUGAUGCAUGGUUGAUGUCCAAAAUAGAUGCGAGAAAGACGAAACUCAUUCUCCUAGCCUAUGCGCAGAAUGCAGCCCAGCAGGACAUGCGUGAGAACGCCCCGCCUAGAGUGCGAUUCUGCUUCCCACCGAUGAAAGGCUCAGGUGCUAUGCAUUCCAAGCUUCAGCUCCUCAAGUAUCCCGACAGUUUGCGUAUCGUGAUUCCCUCGGGCAACUUAGUUCCCUAUGACUGGGGCGAGAGUGGCGUGAUGGAGAACAUGGUGUUCCUCAUUGACCUGUCUCGCUUGUCGUCUGCCAGCAAGCAUGAAGAGACCGAAUUCAGUCAAUCACUGUCGCGAUUCUUGCAAGAAGCCGGCGUUGACGCCAAAAUGAUCGACAGCCUGCGCAAUUACGACUUUUCGGAGACCAGGAACUUGGGAUUCGUGUAUACCACACCAGGUGGCCACGCAGGCCAGCAACAACGCGAGAACGGUUAG